AUGUCGCGUAUGCAAAACUACUUUAGCUCUGAAUUCUUGGCAUCUGGUUUGAGUGCUGAAUUCAAUGAUUUCAUUACCAGAAUCACUCAGGCAAAGAGCAAAGCAGAAGAAAAGAGCCUGGCAACAGACGAGUUGGCCAGAUUGUCCUCGAAAAUGGCAUCCCCUGAUAUAUCCUCAACGAGAAUGAGAGAUUAUCUGAUACGGCUGAUGCAUUGUUACAUGCUGGGAUACGAUGUCGAGUUCAGCAUUAUCUACGCUAUCAUGGCAUCUCAAAGUGGAGAGACGGCACUGGACAGAAGAGUUGGCUAUCUUGCGUGUACUUUGUUUUUGACACAGGAUCACGAAUUGGGAAUCAUGUUGAUCAAUACGCUGCAAAGAGAUUUGAAGAGUCAGAAUUACCUCGACAAGUGUGCCGCGUUGAAUGCCAUGUGCUAUCUAGAACAUCAAGAAAUGCUGGAUAAUGUGUUGGAUUCAGUGAUACUAGCAAUGGAGUUCCCCAAACAAAUUGUGCGUAAGAAGGCGGUGGUUGCACUGUAUUUUUUGUAUGAGAGGUCAUCUGUGGAUAUUGAACGCAUUGAAUCAGCAUUGAGAAACGCACUAGAGGACAAGGACUCAAGCGUUGUAUUCUCUGCUUUACCCGUGUGGAAAAACAUUCUCUUGCAGCACGCAACAAAAUUUGAAGACUUGCUCCCCAGAUUCCACGCAAUACAUAGGCAAAUCAUGGAAAAGAGGAUUCACAAAUCAUUCAUGUAUCACGGCGUCUAUGCGCCUUGGGCGCAACUAGAGUGUUUGGAGAUAUACAGAAUAUACCAAGAUGCAAACAUAGGAUCGCCGAGAGAUUUUUACGAUAUCAUCAUGGAUUGCCUUCAGUGUGUGGAAAAGAAGGUGGAUGCAGCAUUUGCCAUUGUAUUGGAAUGUGUCAAGUUGCUUGCCUCGUUGGAUUCGCUGUUGCUCGGCACACUAUCCGUGCCUGAACAAAACCCAUUUCAGGUGCUGGUGCCAUUUUUAAACUCAUCAAAUCACAAUUUGAAGUAUUUAGGGUUGUUAGGGAUGUCAUUCAUUGAUGAAAGCUUUUGGAAAAAGAGCUGGCUGGACGGCACACUGUUGGCAAGCAUUGUUGAGUCAUCUUGCGACGACCACACUAUCAUCACGCAGUCGAUACAGAACAUGGAUACCAUUGUUGAUCAACAUGUCCUCAGAAAUAUUGCACCGCAUCUGAUAGAAGCUAUGUCUCGAAACUACGACAACAAGCAAAGCAACACAACUAUUGCUUAUUGGCUCAUCAACCGCAUCAUUGAGUAUCAUACGGAACAAGACACAUGGUUUGUGGAGACCAUGCUGAACGUUUUAGCUGAAUCAAGGAAGAACUUGGAUGAUGACUAUACGGAAUCCAAAUGUAGCUUGCUGAGAAAUGCCUUGACGGAGAAUGUGGAUGGAAGCGGCACAAGAGAAGCUGCCGUUAAUACGUCGUAUGAGUUACUGAGAAAGGCCAGUUCUGAGGAUAGAUACUCGCCAUUACUAAUACAGCUUGUGAUAUGGAUACUUGGUGAUGUCGGCUAUCUAUCCUCGAAAUACACCGACCUGGAUAUAAUGCUUCAAUUACAAAGAUGGAUUCAACUCGUACGAGACGAGUACCUACAGACAUGUGGCUUGCAAGCGAUCAAGCAAUGCAUUAUGCGCAGUAAAAAGUGGUUAUCAGGAAUAGAGGCUAUUUUGAAGGAGUACAAAAGGUCACCUGUACCUGAGAAACAAGAGAUUGUAAGAGAGUUAUUGGAUGUCAUUGCUGAUGCUAGUUUCGAAAAAGAGUUUCAGGAAAUUGCAACACCAUUGCCACCGUCCAUUUCAGAGCUAUCCGCGAAUCCUAAUCGACCGACAACCAUUGGAAAGUACAACACAGGCACCAAACAAGAUGGUAAAUAUGCACCUCGGAAAACUAGAAGCCAUCAUCCCCCAUCAUCGAAUACAAGCAAUGACUCAAUCCAUCUAAAAACAAAGGCCUCGACUAGCGCUUCCUCCCAUAUAGUGCCUUCCUAUCACACAGAGACUCACCUCGUUUCAAGUCUGAUUGAUCUUGAAUUGCAAGACGAUGACGAUGAGGACAGUAAUAAGCUAUCUACAGAAGACUUUGGUCGAUUAUGGGUGCAAUAUUCAGUGGAAGAAAAGCGAAAGUUUGAAUGCUCGGUCACUCGAUGUGAUAAGUUGGCUAGGAAACUAAGCAAAUCAUGGCAGAUACACAUCAUUGAAAUCAUUGGACAAGAGUUUAUUGCAGUAGACGACAGCAGUAGGAGUGUGCUUGUUCAUGUUGCCAUGUUACCAAAUCAACAAAUUGAGUUGACCUUGAGAUCAGAUCAAGAUAUGCAACAAAUAACGCAAUUCCUAUCUAAAAGACAUUUGUAA